AAAUUAUUGAUAAUUAUAAAAAUAAAUUUGCAAUCAAAAACUUCUAUCAAUUAAUUAAUUAAUAUUAAAUAAAUAAAUAAUCCCUAAAAUAGAUAAAGGACUAGCCAUUAAAAUUUCAAAAAUAUUAAAUUAUAUAAAAUGUCUCGCACAAAGGAUGUAUUUCGUGAUGAAACUAAUAAUAAGCAUAAUCAAAGUUUAGCUAAUGAACAGAAAAAUAAUACAACCAUUUUGGAAACAUCAGGCAUUCUCGAUGCUUAUGAAUAUUUUUUAAGGUAGCUAUGCAAAAAUGGUUUACCCUCAGGUAACGUAUAUGAAUUUGCAGCUUAGUAAAUCUUGAAGUUUGAAAGAAAAAGAAAUAAUGAAAUAAAAAAGAGAGUUGCUCUUAAAAACUCUCUCGAAGCACUAGAAAAUCAAUAAACAAAUUAAUAAGAUUAGACUAAAGAAAAUAAAAUUAGCAAAAGCCCAGAAAAGAAGAAUUAGACAAAAGGGGAUGAAAGCAAAAAAGGAUAGCUGUAAGUCUAAUAACUAGAUACUCCAACUGUUUCCCAAAAUAGACAAAAUUAAAAAUCUGAUGUUGGAUUAAAGUCUCCUAGCGCAGGCCUUUAAUAAUAAGUAGAAAAAAAAGGAUAAGAAAAAGAAACUGCACAAACCUCUAAGAAAGAUUUAAAUAAAAAGAAAUGA